AGCGGGUCUAGCGUGUGGGUCAAAAUGGAAGUGAAUCCCCCCAAGCAGGAGCACCUGCUGGCGCUGAAAGUUCGUCAAUAGGUAGAGCAUGUUAUCUUUGAACUCACGUAUGUAGCAAGCCCAGGAUGGCCUAAGACUCAUGACAGUUAUGUCUCAGCCUCCCAAGUGCUGGGAUGACAGUGAUGCGAUUGACUAAGCCUACUUUAUUCACCAAUAUUCCAGUAACAUGUGAAGAGAAAGAUUUACCUGGAGAUCUCUUUAACCAAUUAAUGAGAGAUGAUCCUUCAACAGUAAAUGGUGCAGAAAUUUUAAUGUUGGGAGAAAUGUUGACUUUACCACAAAAUUUUGGGAAUAUAUUUUUGGGAGAGACUUUUUCCAGUUACAUCAGCGUUCAUAAUGAUAGUAAUCAAGUUGUAAAAGAUAUACUGGUAAAAGCUGAUCUUCAGACAAGUUCUCAGCGUUUAAAUCUUUCAGCUUCCAAUGCUGCAGUGGCUGAACUUAAACCUGAUUGUUGUAUUGAUGAUGUCAUACACCAUGAAGUAAAGGAAAUUGGAACACACAUCUUGGUAUGUGCCGUGAGUUAUACAACUCAGGGUGGAGAAAAAAUGUACUUUAGAAAAUUCUUCAAAUUUCAGGUUCUCAAACCAUUGGAUGUGAAAACUAAAUUUUAUAAUGCAGAGAGUGACCUCAGUUCUGUGACCGAUGAAGUAUUUCUUGAAGCACAAAUUCAGAAUAUUACAACCUCACCCAUGUUUAUGGAGAAAGUGUCAUUGGAGCCAUCUAUAAUGUACAGUGUAACUGAAUUAAAUUCAGUGAGCCAAGCUGGAGAACGUGUCUCUACAUUUGGGUCAAGAGCAUAUCUGCAGCCAAUGGAUACACGCCAGUACUUGUAUUGCCUAAAACCCAAGAAGGAGUUUGCAGAAAAAGCAGGCAUCAUUAAAGGAGUAACAGUAAUCGGAAAAUUGGAUAUAGUAUGGAAAACAAACCUAGGUGAAAGGGGACGGUUACAAACCAGCCAACUUCAAAGAAUGGCUCCAGGUUAUGGAGACGUUAGGCUGUCUUUGGAGGCAAUCCCAGACACCGUAAACCUAGAAGAACCUUUCCAUAUUACUUGUAAAAUAACAAACUGCAGUGAAAGGACGAUGGAUCUGGUGCUGGAGAUGUGCGACACCAGCUCUGUGCACUGGUGCGGUGUUUCGGGAAGGCAGCUGGGAAAGCUGCUCCCCAGCGCCUCCCUUGGCCUUGCGCUGACUCUGCUGUCCUCAGUGCAGGGGCUGCAGAGUGUCUCCGGCUUGAGACUGACAGACACGUUCCUGAAGAGAACAUAUGAAUACGAUGACAUCGCACAAGUCUGUGUGGUCUCUUCAGCCAUCCAAGUGGAAAGCUAAUGAAAAUUUCCAAUGUGAUGUUUUCAUUUAGUUUCAGAUAACUGCUUUAUGUCUAUAUUUUUAUGACCUUUGUGAAAUGAUCACAUCAGUAGCAAAUAUAAUUUAAAUUUCUUGCCUGAAAAACAUGUAAAAUAUUAAAUGUUUGAAAAGUAUGGAUUUUAUCAAGUUAAUAUUCUGAGUGAACAUUUCUGUAUUUUUUAUGUAAUUUCAUUUUAGAUGACCAACUUUAAAGUCUGUUCCUAGCAAGUGUCUAAAACACACUUCUUUUGUAAAUGGUCAAGAUACCAAAUAUCUUAGGGUUUUGUAGGCAAAUCAUGAACUUAGACAUUUUCCACAACACAGCUAGGCAAAAAAAUGUAAUGGUGUUUACAAAAAAAGUACCUGGAUAGAACCCUGGUUUGGUGACUUCAAUUUAGAAAAUACAGUUGUUUCUUAGAACUUUAGAAUUUAUUAAUACUUGUAUUUGGGAAAAUUUCCAAAUACAGUUUCCAAGAACUUCAGAUUUUUUCCCUAAUCAACAGAAACGAUCUAUUAAAAACUAGAAUAGUCCUUCUGUAACCUGGUUGUUUGCUAACACAGUAUUUUCUAUUCAUUUUCAAAAUUAUUGUGUUGGCAUGUGACUAACUUUCAGCUAUGAGCAGAUCAGAAGUGGUUUGUUUCUUAGGUUAUUGACUACUCAGCUAGCUUUUAACUGAGAUGCCUAAUAAUUUUCUAAUUUUAAUCUUAUAGCACCAGGCUUUCUCCUUGAAAACGAAGCUCCUUAUUUUCAUAACAUAAACUCCAAUCUUCUAAUAAUUGAUUUUGAAUUCUAAAUCUUGUUAAUAUUAUAAAACUUUUUAUCUCUCAUGUAAUCAUAUCUAUUUACCCAUAAACAAAAGAGUUAAGGUUGUAAAUAGCUGUGCAACAUGGAUGUAACAGUGUUUCACUAUUUUAUCAGGAAAACAAAAGUUUAUGAAAUCUGUUUCGCUGAACUAAGAAUGUAUCAUUUCCUAAAUGAGGAGUACAAUAAAUCAAAUACAAAACUGUUUUUUCUUAAAUACAUAAUUAUUUAUUGCCAUGACAAACUGUUUGGUCCAGACAGAAAGCUAUAGUCAGAAGGGUUGCCCCUCAAACCAGAGUAAUAAUUAAUGAAAUGUCUGUUCAAAAUAAAGUGCAAGCAGUGUAAAAUUGAAGUAUGUCAUUCAUUCAAAAUGACUGAUUGAUUAAAUGAUGAAAUAAAAGUUACAGUCACAGCA